AAGUUGACUUGCCUCUGAAGAAGGAUGGCUUCACAUCAGAAGGGACCACACUGGAAGCCUUGUUGCGUGGAGAAGGGCUUGAAAAGAAGAUAGAUACUAAAGAGGAGGAUACUCUACAAGAAAUCCAGAGGGUGUUGGAAAAUGAUGAAAAUGCAGAUGAAGUGAAUGAAGAGGAAGAGAUAGAAGAAGAUAUUCCAAAACGAAAAAACAGACCCCGAGGACGGGCUCGAGGCUCUGGUGGUGGUAGGCGAAGGAACGAUGUUUCUUCUAUGGAUGACCAUGAUAAGCCUUAUGUUUGUGACAUCUGUGGCAAGCGCUAUAAGAAUCGACCAGGACUGAGCUACCACUAUGCCCAUACUCACCUUGCUAGCGAGGAGGGGGAUGAUGCUCGGGAACAGGAGACACGUUCUCCACCUGUCCACAGAAAUGAAAACCAUAAACCCCAAAAAGGACCAGAUGGGGCCAUCAUUUCCAAUAACUACUGUGAUUUCUGCCUUGGAGGAUCUAAUAUGAAUAAAAAAAGUGGACGACCAGAGGAGCUUGUCUCAUGUUCAGACUGUGGGCGUUCUGGUCACCCAACCUGCUUGCAGUUCACGGCAAAUAUGACCGAGGCUGUCAAAACCUAUCAGUGGCAAUGCAUUGAAUGCAAAUCCUGUAGCCUCUGCGGGACUUCUGAGAAUGACGACCAGUUGCUCUUCUGUGAUGACUGUGACCGUGGUUACCAUAUGUAUUGCUUAAACCCACCAGUCUCUGAACCCCCAGAAGGAAGCUGGAGUUGUCAUUUGUGUCAAGAACUACUCCAAGAGAGAGCAUCAGCUUUCUGCUUCCAGCCCUAGAUGACAGCAAAGGAUGGGGCUUAUUCUUGAAUCCGUAGCACCAGCACACAAUGAUCAUUCAUCACAUAAGGCUAUGUAUAACCAUAAACAUGCUCUUGCCCACAUGAAAGGAUGAACACUCAAAGAAGCAUCUAUAGCAUUUUCUUCUCCAGGGUUACAUUUCACCAAGAUUUUACCUCCUGGGUUCUACUAGAAGGAGCACACCUUUGAGGGAAGGGGGAGGGGUCUAUGUUCAAAUGAAUACUUUCCCCUGAAGUGCAUGAUUUCAGGUCUGUUGUAAUAGAUUCAUAUGUGUUAUGAUAAUAGCAUAAAGGGGAGCUGUUGUAACUGUUGGUAUUUAGACAUUUAAAUUGUGUGGAUUGUGAUCUUGGUUUGAUUUAUCUCCUCCUUCCUUCAGAUUAAUCAGUAUUAUCCAUCCCUCUAAGAGCCAUCCCCCCAGCCUGUCAUCUUGCAGAUGUGUUAGGGCUACAGCUUCCAGAAUUCCCACCCAACAUGGGCAACAGCUGGAAAUAAUGGGAGUUAGACUCACAACAUAUUUGGAGAACAUUAGAUUAGUACUAGAGUGCUUUGUAAUUGUUUGUGAUCUAGGGCUGUGGUGGGGUAUUAAACUUAUCACUAUAAGGUUCUAAUGGGAAAUUGCUUUUUAUAAGCAUUUUUUUUAGAAGUAGGUACAAUCAGAUAAUAGUAUUCUGGUUGUUUACAGUUCCAUAAUGAUAAAAUCAAAAUAACCCUUCACAAGGAAGCACAUACACAAUAUCUAUCUGAGUCUUCUCCAUUACUCUAAUAAUAUAAAGAUAAAAAGGUGAUAUGACUUCAUUACUUUAAUGUUUCCCACAGCUAGUCUAGAUUCACAUGACAUAGCAUAUCCGGUCUGUUGCUCUCCCUAGGUAAAUUACACCCCAGUGAAGGAGUGCCAGACUCUCAGCAAAGAAGCAAAGCUAUCCAAAUGAGGUUGGGAAUAUCAUAUCUUCCUUUGCAGGGCCUUUUUCUUUUAGAGUGAAAGCUUUAAAGAAAAAUCCCCGGUGUCAUGACUGGGGUUAGAGCACCACAUACAAAUGAUCAUCUCCCCACCUUCUCCUUCCCUGCCUUACCCUCGCAGGUGCAGUAGAGAAGCCUGUUUUGUGCAGGGCUACUCUAGGCUCUUGUCUCUGGCUACAGAAGAUGGGCAGCUAUGUCAACCCUCAUUUCCAUAUUUGGGUGACAUAGCUGACUUGGGGUCAUUAGUUUACUCAAAAACAAAUCCAGGUCUGACUUGGGUUUCAACUAAUCCUCUCUAAAUGCAGUGGUUACUGUUUUAUUUUUAGUUCACAACAUAUGUUGAUCUCCCCUUCCUUUCAGAUGAGCAUGCUAUGCAAACAAGACCUAUGAAAUAAUUGGUUAUUUGAGGAUGCUAAAUUUAUGACUGGAUUCAAACAUGUUAAACCAUGGUUUGUUAAAUCAUGGAUUAUUGCAUAAACCACAGUGGCUGGGUUACCCAAACCCAAACCAAGCAAAUCACAUUACUGCUUAGUGUACUGCAUAUAUUAAGUCAAUAAUUCUUUCAAAUUAUACAUUCCUUGGAAGAGUUGCCCAUAAACACAUACAGCUCUUGAUAUGUUUGGAUUUUAGGACCAAACUGAAUGCGACAAUGUCUUUAAAUCUAGAUCUGCUCAAUCAUUUAGGGAAAAAAAAUGUAUCAGUUGUUAACAAGAGAAAGGGCAUUGCAAUAGUGAGUGUUAAAUCUUGUCUGUGACUUACCUCCCUUUGUUCUGUCUCUUUAGCCUUUUUAUCCCCAGCUGACCUCUGAUAGUGCUGAUGCCCUUGGAUGCUAGGAAGGUAUGUGGGAGGAUGCUAUGAAGAGCUGACUGGACAGCACUGAGAGUGUUGACAUCAUCCCAUGGUUUACGUGGGAUCUAGAUAAGUGACAAAGCACAAUAUUUUGACCCAAAGUAUAUUAUCUGCUUCAGGCUUGAUCCUAAGACUUAAAAGGAGAGUGUGAGAUGUGCUGAAUGCAGGCAUUCCGUAUAAUACAAUUAUGUUACAUAGGCCCAGAUUUUAGAAAGUGUCAUAUUGAGUUAGAUCAUUUAAUAGUCUUACCUGCCCUGAUUGGCAGUUUUUCAGGAUUCAAACCAAAUUUUCCCAGUUCCAUAAAUAGUGCCAAAGAUUGAAUCUGUGACCUGCUGCAAGAAAAGCAUGUGUUCUUCUACCAGCAAGCAGCAGGCCUUCCAGUACAAAGUGCCAGUGACUUUAUUGGGCAAACUAAGCCCAUACUUAACUUUCUUCUAUAAACCAGGGAUGAAUAAUGAUUCAGCUGAAGUCCUCGUCAAUUGUUGCAGAGGCUGUUCCCCUCCACCCCCCAUCCCCGUCUUUUAGGCUUUACAUGAGAUUUUAGAUGCAAUGCAAAAUGCUUGUAACUGUCAUGGAGCAUGUUGACUUCACUGAAUGGGAUUUUUGUCCCUAUCGCCUUAUAUUGUGACCUGUUAUACUGCUAUAGCAGCUUAAAAGAGUUUCCAUUGUAAAAUAUAAGGACAACUAGCAUCCUUUUGGUAAAACUGGUACCUAUGGUAAUCACACCUACUCUGACUUACCCACAAUACCAAGCCAUAAUGUGGUUUAGUUUGGUUUUGGCAUGAUGUGACAUACAAAACUAUUAUGGCUUAGUGUUAGGUGGGAAUGGGCCAGGUCAUAAUGGUUCGUUCAACAAAUUGUAGUAUGGGCUGGUGGCGAUCAAUCCAGCCAGUUAAACCUGAGGUGCUUAGUUUUAGAUCCAAACAGAUCUGGGUGGGUUUGGAACUAAACUACCCCCCACCCCCGUGCUGUGCAAACUAUUUACUUGAGGUUAAACUGUCCCUUCUGAUAUGCAUGAUUGAGAUGGGUCUUUGAGGGGCCCUCUAUGGUGAUUUUGGGUUUAUUCUCUGUGGUUGCAUGAUGAGUGAAAAAAAAGGGGGGAAGGGUGAGUGAGGUGCAGACACCUGACCCUGUCCAUAAUGGUUCUAACCCCAAUUUUAAGAAGAAUUUUUUUUAAAAAAAGCC